CACCCCCCUCACCCCCCCUGCGCCCCGGCAGUGCCCUGAGGCCGUCCGUUGAGCGGGAGCCCCGCCAUGUCGCGCAGGCGGCACAGCGACGAGAAUGAUGGAGGGCAGCCACACAAGAGAAGGAGAACAUCAGAGCCAUCUGAAAUUGAAGAGCGGCUGGAAUCCUUAAUAUGCAGAGUGGGAGAAAAGAGUACUUCGUCUUUGGAGAGUAACUUGGAAGGCCUGGCUGGGGUCCUAGAAGCAGAUCUACCAAACUACAAAAGCAAGAUACUAAGAAUCCUUUAUACAGUUGCACGUCUGUUACCAGAAAAGCUGACAGUUUACACAACGCUAGUUGGCUUGCUGAAUGCCAGAAACUACAAUUUUGGUGGAGAGUUUGUGGAAGACAUGAUACGUCAGCUCAAAGAAUGCUUGAAAGUCAACAUGUAUAAUGAAGCUGUGUACUUAGUCCGUUUCCUGUCUGAUCUUGUGAAUUGUCAUGUAAUAGCUGCACCUUCAAUGGUAGCCAUGUUUGAGAAUUUCGUCGCUGUCACUCAGGAGGAAGAUGUACCUCAGGUGCGUUGUGAUUGGUAUGUGUAUGCGUUUCUGUCGUCCUUACCUUGGGUGGGGAAAGAGCUGUACGAGAAGAAGGAUGCUGAGAUGGACCGCAUCUUGUCCAGUGUUGAAAACUAUCUGAAACGUCGUCAGAAGAUUCAUGUGCCAAUGUUGCAGGUUUGGUCUGCUGAUAAACCACAUCCGCAAGAAGAGUACUUAGAUUGCCUUUGGGCUCAGGUUCAAAAGCUGAAAAAAGAUUGCUGGCAAGAAAGGCACAUCCCAAGGCCGUACCUUGCGUUUGACAAUGUGCUCUGUGAAGCAUUGCAGCACAACCUGCCUCCCUUCACUCCACCACCUCACACGGAAGAUUCAAGUUACCCAAUGCCAAGAGUGAUCUUCAGAAUGUUUGACUACACUGAUGAUCCGGAGGGUCCUGUUAUGCCUGGAAGUCAUUCCGCUGAGAGAUUUGUGAUAGAAGAAAACCUUCACUGCAUCAUCAAAUCACACUGGAAGGAGAGAAAGACAUGUGCUGCCCAGUUACUGAGCUACCAACAGAAUUACAAAAUCCCUCUGAAUUACCACAUAGUUGAGGUUAUCUUUUCUGAGCUGUUCCAGCUUCCUGUUCCGCCACACACUGAAGUCAUGUACAUGACACUUCUUAUUGAACUUUGUAAACUUCAGCCUGGCUCUUUACCCCAAGUUCUUGCACAAGCCACAGAAAUGUUAUACAUGCGCUUGGAUACAAUGAAUACUACGUGUAUAGACAGGUUUAUUAAUUGGUUUUCCCACCACCUGAGUAAUUUUCAAUUCCGUUGGCGCUGGGAAGAUUGGUCAGACUGCCUUUCUGAGGACCUUGACAAGCCCAGACCUAAAUUUGUAAGAGAAGUGCUGGGAAAAUGCAUGAGGCUUUCCUACCAUCAGCAAAUAGUUGAUAUUGUUCCUGCUACGUUUUCAGUCCUAACUCCUGCAAAUCCAGCAUGUGUUUAUAAAUAUGGAGACGAAACUAACAAGUCUCUUCCGGGAUACAAUGUUGCACUGUGUUUAAACAUUGCCAUUAAAAAUAAAGCAGGCAAUGAUGAAAUCUUGACUAUUCUGAAGGAUGUGCCCAAUCCUAAUCAGGAUGAUGACGAUGAUGAAGGCUUCUCCUUCAAUCCUUUAAAAAUAGAAGUAUUUGUCCAGACACUACUGCAUUUAGCUGCAAAGUCAUUCAGUCACUCCUUCAGUGCUUUGGGAAAAUUUCGAGAAGUCUUCAAAACCCUGGCAGAGAGUGAUGAAGGGAAGCUCCAUGUCCUCAGAGUGAUGUAUGAAGUGUGGAAGAAUCAUCCACAGAUGAUCGUUGUGCUGGUGGAUAAGAUGAUCCGCACACAAAUUGUGGAUUGUGCUGCAGUAGCAAACUGGAUUUUCUCCUCAGAACUGGCUCAUGAUUUUACAAGGUUUUAUAUCUGGGAAAUCUUACACUCAACAAUUCGUAAGAUGAACAAGCACGUGGUGAUGAUCCAAAAGGAGCUAGAAGAGGCCAAAGCAAGAUUAGCCAAGCAACACAAACGGCGAGAUAGCGAUGAUGAUGAUCGAAGCAGUGACAGGAAAGACGGGCCUCUGGAGGAGCAGAUAGAGCGCCUGCAAGAAAAGGUUGAAUCCGCUCAGAGUGAACAAAAAAACCUCUUCCUUGUAAUAUUCCAGCGUUUCAUUAUGAUCCUCACCGAGCACCUGGUCCGAUGUGAAACAGGAGGGAUUGACGUCAUUACACCUUGGUACAAGAACUGUAUAGAGAGGCUGCAGCAAAUCUUCUUACAGCACCAUCAGAUCAUCCAUCAGUACAUGGUGACCUUGGAGAACCUUCUGUUCACAGCAGAAUUGGAUCAUCACAUAUUGGCUGUAUUCCAGCAGUUCUGUGCACUGCAAGCCUGAGUGACUUUUUUGUACAGGACUGAAUUGACUUCAUCUUUUUUAAAAAAAUUGGGGGAAAUUGACAAGGAAGGGGAAAGAAUCUUUUAAUUUGAAAACGAGCGUACUGUGCUGUCCUAGAUAAAAUGGGGCAAUUUUGGGGGGGGGCAGUAGAGGCCUUAUGCUAGUUAUGACUGCUAGGUGAUUGGGAUGGAAUAAUGUGUGGAUUUCUAAUUUUGAAAUGGUUUGAAUGUUGGCUUUGUCGUAGCAUUUGUUUUGUCCCCUCCUAUUGUUUGUAUAAAAAUAGGGAAUAAUAAUUCGUUACCUUUGACUCUUCCAUAUGAAUGGAUUUCCCCCCAUUAUAAUAAUGUGAAGCAAGUCUCAAGACUUGUGAAUCUUACUGAAGAGCAGCUUUCCAGUGGGUAACUUCCAACUCCUCAAGGAACAGAAGUAUAGGACAUAUGAAAUGCUAAAUGGUCAAGCCUACAGAGUAGCCUAGAGUAUAUGUUUGUUAUCAAAAUUAAUUUUCAUGGUUGUAUGAAACAUGGUUGAAAUACAAUCAAAAUAUGUUUUUUAAA